CCUCGUCCCCUCCUGCAAGCGGCGUCUUCCAUCUAUCAAGUGCAGCAGCGGCGGCGGCGGGCCGGGAGAGCGCAUGCGUGCUUGCAGCCCAGUUUGAAAGGGGCAAAGUUAAUCAGCUGCUAUGGAACACGUCUUCACUCCGCUGAAAUGCCUGCUUCCCACCGGAAACCUGAAGCUAUGUCUUCUGAUUCUAAACCAGCCUUUGGACAGAGACCAUUUCCAUCAUGUGUGGAGCAGAGCUGUUCUGAGAGCGUGUGCUGAUGGAGGUGCUAAUCGCCUGUAUCACAUCACAGAAGGAAGCCGUGAAAGAUUUUUGCCUGAUUACAUCAGUGGAGAUUUUGACUCCAUUCGACCUGAAGUGAAGGAAUAUUACAAGGGACAGGGCUGUGAGUUAAUAGAGACGCCAGAUCAAGAUUUAACUGACUUCACCAAGUGCCUUCAGAUACUCCAGCAGAAGAUAGAGGAGAAAGAGUUGCAGAUUGACACAAUUGUGACCCUGGGUGGACUCGGAGGUCGCUUUGACCAAAUCAUGGCAUCUGUAGAGACUCUGUUUCACGCCACGAAGAUAACUCCCUUUCCCAUCGUAAUUAUUCAGGAGCAUUCUCUGAUCUACCUGCUUCAACCUGGAAAGCACAAACUGCACGUGGACACUGGCCUCGAGGGCAAAUGGUGCGGCCUCAUUCCUGUCGGGAGCUCUUGCAAUGAUGUCACCACAACAGGCCUAAAAUGGAACCUCAAGAAAUCAGUGCGCCCUUUUGUAACUUGCGCCUUUGUGGAGCCUUGA